GGCAGGACAAAGAUGAUGAGUCAGGAUUGUGAUAGUGGGAAAGACUGGAACUGGAAAGAGUGCUACUGGAAACACUAUUCUGGGUCUGAGUGCUUUGAAUCCAAGUUCAGUGCCAAAUCUAUGACUGUAGAGUGUUCAAAAGGCAAAGUUAAAGUGGAUGGGCAGCAAGUUGCUGUCAUUGACACCCCGGGGCUGUUUGAUACCAGGUUUGAUAAGGAGAGAACAACUAAAGAUGUAUGCCAGUGCAUCUCCUAUGCUUCUCCAGGACCCCAUAUCUUCUUGGUGGUCAUCAGACUGGGCAGAUUCACUGAAGAGGAAAAACAGACGGUGCAAAAGAUUCAAAAAAUCUUUGGCCACGCAGCAGACAAAUACAGCAUGGUUCUCUUUACCCAUGGAGACCAACUUGAAGGCACCACUAUUGAAGAGUUCUUAGAAGGAAGCUCAGACCUGCAGGAACUCGUGGCCAGAUGUAACGGUCAGUACCACGUCUUCAAUAAUAAACUGAAGGAGCGCUCUCAGGUCACUGAGCUGAUCCAGAAGAUCAGAGAGAUAGUCCAGAAGAACGGAGGAAGCCACUACACCAACGAGAUGUUCCAAGAGGCUGAGAGGGCGAUUGAAGAGGAGAAACAACGCAUCCUGAGAGAGAAAGAAGAAGAAAUACGAAAGAAAAGGAGAAGGUUGAGAGAGAAAUACGGGAAAGAUAUGAGAAAGAGAUGCAGAAAUACAACGAACAACUCCAGGCUGAGAGAGAGGAGGAGAGGAAGGAGAGAGAGGAGGAGAGGAAGAGGGAGAGGGAGGAGAAAGAAUGGGAGAUGAAGAAGUUAAAGGAGAAGUGUGAGAGAGAACUGGAGGAAGAAAGACGCAAGAUUCAGUCCUGGUGUGAAAACAAGGCCAGAGAUGAAGCUGAGAAGUUUAAUCCAUUAUAUCAUCUGAUACGAAUCGGUGAAGUAGUCGCCGAUGCUGGCAGGAGGAUUUUUAAAGAAAUCCAACAACUAGAAAGGGCAAUUUUUAGCCUGUUCAAAUAAAAACAUGAACAUCACUGAAGUGUUGGUAGUAGAGUAAUAUAGUAGUAUAGU